AUGCAGCGACAGAUGGGUCAGGACACCAUCCUCAUAGUCGAUUCAUUGAACUACAUCAAGGGAUUCCGCUACCAGAUGUACUGCGCCGCGCGCGAGCAGAAAGUGCGAGUGUGCACUAUGUACGUCGUGGCCCCACCCGAGCUUUGCACCAAGUGGAACGCCGCGCGGCCGGAAGGAGAGCAGUAUGCACCUGAAACGCUGGAGAACCUCCUGAAACGAUACGAAGAGCCCUCAUCGAUGGUCCGAUGGGACUCCCCGCUCUUCACCGUACUAUGGACAGACGCCGACGUGCCUGCUGACAAUAUCUGGAAGGCAGUGAUGGAGGGAGCAGUGAAGCCACCCAACGCAGGUACCCAAGCGGUCCCGAAAGCGCCCACCGACGCCCUGCGCGCGCUAGAAAGCACGACCACCAGUGUAGUAGCGGCUAUCAUGGCGGAGCAGAGUAGCGGUAGCACAGGCGGCACCAUAGUACUCUCGCUGAGCACCUCGCUGAAGCCGCGCGUCACGCUCCCGCCGCGCAGCGUGACGCUGUCCGAGCUGCAGCGGCUGAAGCGUCAGUUCGUGACGGUACACAAGAAAGCGAUCACGCUCGGGACGACGGAGAAGGGCGCGGUGGAUUGGAGCGAGGAGAGCGUGGCAGAAAAUUUUGCGGCGUAUAUCGAGGCGAACUUGAGACCGUGA